AUGCAAACCUCUUCCUCCACAACAUCACAAAAUGCCACCAAUUCUUCUUUAAUAGACAUUGGUGUGAAUAUUUUUUUGGGAAUUUGUCGCUUUCCUUUUCUGAUUAUAUCAAAAAUAUUUCAAAAACUUUUGAGUCCUGUGAAACGAACUACACAAAGACGCACUCAAAAUCAUUCACCUACAUUAGCCUUCAGAAUAAUAUGGAUGAUCGCUUUGUUACUUGGUGAAAUAUUAAUAUUCUCUUUUUCAAUGAAAAAAUGCUCUUGGCCCGAAGCUACAGAAUGGGAUACUUCAAUAGCAACACCAUUUCAUGUUGCAUUAAUAGCUGAUCCACAAAUAAUAGAUGAUUAUUCUUAUGGUAGAACGGGCAUUCUCCAGAAAAUAUCAGAAAUUUAUCCUGAUAUGUAUAUGAGAAAAAAUUGGAUCAAUUUACAAACUAUUUUUGAUCCUGACGCAAUAAUUUUUAUGGGUGAUCUAAUGGAUGGAGGAAGAGAGUUGGAUGAUAACAAAUGGGAAAGUGAAUUGCAUAGAUUUCAACAUUUGUUUUUUCCAAGAAAACCUACAAAAACUCCAAUAUAUUAUAUGGCUGGAAGUCAUGAUAUAGGAUUUGGUGAUAAAAUUGUUGAUGAAGCAUAUAAUAGAUUUAGAAAAUUUUUUGGUAGAGUUAAUUAUAUGGUCAACCUUGGCAAUCAUUUGAUUGCAGUAAUUGAUACUAUCGCAUUAAGUGGAUCAAAUGAAGCUUCAAAACAAGAAGCCAUGUCAUUAAUAGAAAAAAUAGCUGAAGGCAAUUCUUCAAAUUUAAAUCUUCCGAAAAUAUUGUUGACUCAUGUUCCAUUAUAUCGACCACGUGAUACUGAUUGUGGUCCACUUCGUCAAAAAAAUAAUUAUAUUAAUCAAGGCCGUGAUUAUCAAUAUCAAAAUUUGGUGAGAAAAAAUAUAACAGAUUUAUUAUUAGACAAGAUAAAACCAUCAGUCGUAUUUAGUGGAGAUGAUCAUGAUUAUUGUGAAAUUAAGCAUGAGGAAGCUGGUGAAAUAACAGAAGUCUCAAUAAAUAGUUUUAGUUUUGCAAUGGGUGUGCCUAGACCAGGAUUUCUACUUUUAAGUUUGUACAAUCCACCUAAAGCAGACAAUACUUCAUCUUCAUCCCCAAUAAUUGAUAAUUCCACUGUUAAUAUUACUAACAAUAACAGUUAUAUUAAUAAUAACACGACACCAACAUUCUUAUAUUCACAAUGCCUAUUACCAAAUCAACUCCGUAUAUAUUAUUGGUAUUUGGUGUUAUUAAUUGUGACAAUAUUAUGCAUCUUUUCCCAUACAUUUGUUAAAAUUCGACGGAACAAUGAGAUUUUACCUGUGUGGCAAAGAUAUCAGCAACCAAAAGGCAAAUGGAUAAUGUUUAGUUCACAAUAUUGGAAAUUGGCAUCAAAAGAAUUAGGGAAUAUCGCAUUGUUUGCAUUAUCAACAUCAUCUUAG